AUGCUUGAAAAUGAUUUUGAUAAUUACCUACCCAAGUAUGAUGAUGCUAUAAGUUAUCAAUAUUCGCCUAAUAAUUUCGAAGACGAUGACUCUAUGUUAAAAGUUACAGUUAAAGCUGAAGAUGUUGCUGAGGAAAAUAUUGCAAAUAUAAAUAAUGAGGUGCAAGAGGAAACCACAAUAGUUAGCAUUUUGGAUGUGGAAAAUGCAACAUCUCUAUCCAAUAAUUCUGAAACUGUUGAAAAUGUACCGUUUUCUGUACAUGAAAUGAAUAGAUCAUUUGAUGAUAUAAGGCCUUUUGAAUCGAGCAAUAAAAGUAACGAAGAAAACGAAUCAAAUAGGUUGCCUAGGCAGGAAUUCAAUGAGACAAUCAAUGACCCAGAAUUCGAAAGUCAAGAAGAAGGGAGUAGCGAGGAGGAAGGUAACAUGGUUACGGGACUAAUAUCUGCCUUCCUUGGAGGUCUAAGCAGGCCUGAUGGCAGUAUAGAUUUGGAAGCCAUAGUUGGUCUCUUGGGCAGUCUAAGCACGCAAAAUGAUGAUGGCUCAUAUGAUUUUCAAGGCUUAACGGAUUUACUGAGAGGAUUUUUUGGGGGAGGAGGUGACGAGGGAGGUGGUUCUGACAUAGGCAGUUUCUUAGGAGGUCUUCUUGGAGCUGUUAUAAAGGGAGUUGCUAACCCUCCUGGCGCGAAGGGAGCUGGAAUAUUUACAGGAAAGGUCAUAACUGGUAUUCUACCAGCCUUGAGUGGGCCGCCUCCUGCUGAUGAUAUGGAUAUGGCGAUGAAUAAACCACAGGGUUUAGAUUCUGGUGGAUUUCUAUCUGGAUUACUUAAAACAAUAUUGAACUCCAGUGGUGGAGGAAAUGACCAAGGAGGGGGUGGCGGUUCCAAUCUUUUUAAAGUCAUAUUCCAACUUAUAACAUCUGUUCUCUCAGCAUCAUCAAAAUCCCAUUGACUAAAACUAACUGAUUUAGCAGGUAGGGGACAAUUAUGUAAAUGUGGCGAUUAUUAAAGUAUAUCUUCUCAUCACAAUGUAUUAAAUCAUAAUAUCUAAUUGAAAUUAAUAUAUUUUUUUAUAUUUUC